GAACUGUCCCCGAUGUUGGACAUUUUACUUCCUUGAGGAAAUUCUUUUCUGUCAACAUGUUCAUGAGAUAAAGUUAUGGCCUCAUCGGUCAACAACUUUUGUACAAUUUGCCAUGAUGAUGGAAUCUCCAACAGAGCAGUCACAUGGUGCACAGAAUGUGAGGUUUUGUUUUGUAAAGACUGUGCAAAACUUCACAGCAAGUCAAGACUUUAUAAGAACCAUAAAACCAUGUCAUCUGAAGAUUACCACAAGUUACCUUCAUGCAUGCAAGAAAUAAGCAGUCAGUGCAAGGACCACGAGAAGAAGUUUGAACUUUAUUGUUCUUUCCACGCCUGUCCAUGCUGUGUCCAGUGCAUCACCGAUGAACACCAGAAAUGUCAAGACCUCAAACCUUUGUCUGAUAUACUAAAGCAGGUAAACUCAUCUGUUUUUGAAAAAGAUUUGAAGGAUGUGAAGGAAAACUUAGAUACAACCAUAAAAUACAUGAAAACCAGGAUCAGUACCAUCUAUAAACAAAAAACUAAAGCCGUAGAGGAAGUCCGUUAUAUGAGGAAGUCGAUCAAUGAUUAUUUAAACAAAUUAGAGCAAGACAUACUUAAUGACUUAGAGUCUAAACAUUCAAAGCUGAAAUUAGACAUGGAUACUCUCGUGCAGAAAUUGGAACAGCGAGUUAGUCAGAUAAACCAAAUGCAAAGCCAGUUUACCAUAAUGACGCAAUAUGCAACAGCGCUACAGAUGCAUAUUGGUCUAAGAGAAAUUGAAAAAACUACAUCACAAACGGCAAAAUAUAUAGAAGAUUUAGAGAGAGGGGACCGCUUUUCUGAAAAAAGUCUGGAAGUUAACUUUUCGUCUGCUCUUCGAUCUAUUUUACGCGAUGUCAAAUGCUUUGGAGAUAUCGCUAUCAAUACCACCUCUUCUACCCUCCAAAUAAAGGCUGGAAGAAAAGAUCAAGCCAAGCACUUGAUUUCAAAAGUUCCUGGAAUUGAAGAGAUAAAACCAUCCUUGUUGACAAAACUGACCAUUCCAGAAGAUAUGAAUGGUUUAAAUAUAUAUGCCUGUCGUAUAUUACCUGAUAGUAACUUUAUAAUACUUGAUAAGAACAAAAAACAACUACUGCUGUUCAGUAAAGAUGGCAUCUUCAUCAGAAAAGUAGUUACAUUCAAACAAGGUCCAUAUGAUGCCUGCUUUGUCAGAUAUAAUACAGUAGCUGUUUCAUUAGGACCAGUCAACAGGACAACACUGGUGGAUUUAGAAAAGAAUACAAUUAUUCAAACAAUACAACUUUCUCAUGUUUGUUAUGGAGUAGCAAGUGAUGGUGAAACUUUGGUCAUCAGUAGUGGAGACAAACAGAGUACCAGAGUGAAUCUGAAUGAAAUGUCUAAUACAAUAUUAGCAGGCAUGGAAGGAGUGAGCCGAAUUUCACUGUUCCAAGGGAAUAUCUAUGGCACCAUAAACCAUCAAAACAACGUCUGCUGCUAUGACAGUACUGGUGAACCUCUGUGGACAUUUCACCACCAGGACAUUGACUAUCCAAGAGGAAUUACAUUAGACAAGAAGGGUUUUGUUUAUAUAGCUUCUCAAAGAAACAAUAAUGUUGUUGUAGUAUCACCAGAUGGUAAAACCUGUAAGACCAUACUGACAGAGGCCGAUGGAAUCAAACGUCCUUGGGCAAUAGACAUACACAAAAAAACAGGAAUGAUGAUAGUGUCUAGUGAAAUAAGUGAUGAUAGCAGUUAUACAAACUAUGACACAGUUUUUUUUUAUAAAAUUUGAAAUGAGUUUUAUUUUUUUGAAGAAAAGUAUAUCUGAUAUCAAGAUCAUUACGCCUUC